AUGCUCGACCCGCGUAAGGUCUGUCGCCUCGUUUUCGUCAAGGGCUUGGCCCUCCAGGCGAUUCCCAUGGUCGAAGCGUUGGGCAACUGCGCGAUCAACGGGCUGCAGACGGCGGCGCUGCAGCUCGUCUUGUCGCCGCUGCAGUUGGCGUUUGGCAAGGCACUCAAGAACACGAGUGCGUCCGAGCCUGCGUGUGGUAUUUCGGCCGUUGUCGACCCCAUUGUGCUCCUGCCGCGCAUCGACACGUCGAUUGCCGAGCUCACAGUAAAGUGA